GGCGGUAAUGCUCCACUACAUUGGUUUGCCAACCGCCAAUCCUGGCAAAAAGAAGAAGACGUCGAAGAAGGAAGGGUUAUUGUUUGUUGUUGUUCUGCCUAUCAGUUUCCUUCAGGGAGAGGUGGUUCACAAUCCAUAAUAUGCGUUUAUUUACUUAAAUAGUUUGUAUCGACUGAGAGAGAUGAAGAAGAGGUUUAACAUCAACUUGGAUGAUUCUGCUUUCACCAAAGAAAGAAAACCGCCAAAACCGCAGUUUGUGCCUUCAUCCAAAAGUGGACAGAACAACUCAUCCUCACCUGGAUCUUUAGCAGUGUCUGCUCCUGGGUUCGUGGACCAGCCUUUGUCUUAUGCAGAAUAUAUCGUCCAGAGUAACAAAAACGUGGCCGCUCCUCCUCAGAGAGAGUGUCCCUCCAAGUUGCCCAGGGCUGAAGAUGCUGGAGUUACCAGUCAGAAGCAUAGCGAGUCUGCCUCAAUAACCUCCUCUACAAGAACAAGUGAAACAGUUCAGAACUGUGCUGAAGGGAUUACGAGUGAGAAGAGACAGGCGAUUGACUCAGACCACAAAGAGGGUAACUGUCAAAGGUCAGGUCCAAGCCUCAGUCUUGGCCCUAAACCAGUGGGGUCAGGUAGCAGCAUUAUUGUCAGUCCUCGACAGAGGGGAAAUCCCAUUCUGAAGUUUGUGAGGAGUGUCCCAUGGGAGUUUGGAGAUAUUGUACCAGACUAUGUCUUGGGCCAGAUGACAUGUGCUCUCUUCCUCAGCCUGAGGUAUCACAACCUUAACCCAAACUACAUCCAUGAUCGUCUCAAGCAACUUGGGCAGAGUUUCACCCUGCGAGUGUUACUGGUUCAAGUGGAUGUGAAAGAUCCUCAUCAUGCACUGAAGGAGCUGGCUCGCAUCUGCAUCAUGUCUGACUGCACUCUUAUUUUGGCUUGGAGUCCAGAGGAAGCAGGGCGUUACCUGGAAACUUAUAAGUCAUAUGAAAAGAAACCAGCAGACCUACUGAAGGAGCAAGUUGAAAAAGACUAUCUUUCAAAGGUUACAGACUGUCUGACAACCGUCAAGUCUAUAAACAAGACUGAUGCCAUUACCUUGCUCUCUGCUUUCUCAUCUGUAGAAGGAAUCAUCAAUGCCUCUAAGGAAGACCUGGUUCUCUGUCCAGGCCUCGGACCACAAAAAGCUAGACGACUCUAUGACGUGCUACACAAGCCGUUCCUUAAGUCAAAAACAAAAGACAGCUGAAACUUCUGACCAGCGAUGUGUGACAUGCUUCAGAAAGGAACUCUGGUCAUAACAACGGCAUCACUGCAAGGAUAGAAAGUAAAAAUGUGACUGCUCUCAGACUGAGACUCAGCUAGGAUUGUUUUCAGGAUAUAAGAUGUUUACCAUGUUGGAGCUGCACAUUGAUUCCAUGUAUUAUUGAGCUAUGGUAUGCAAUAUGUUGAAAAUAAAUGCUUUUAAUACUUCUAUACAACAUACUGUACC